AUGAGGUCGGGCUAUAUCAGUGUUGACUACAAGAUCCAGCGUUCCUACCUCUUUGCAGUGGUCGCCAAUGUCGGCCCCGGCGGCGUCAGUCGCACCCUCUCCGUGGCCUACCGCCAGCACCCUGAGAAAUACAACGCAAGUGGAUCAGGGACACGAGUGGAGCACAUGGUGGCCGACACCCUCGCGCUGAUCGCGAUUCUCUCAGAUCCUGCCAACCGCACCCCGCUUGAGGCGGAGAAGGCGAUCGCGGAGGACUGGUAUCGUCGCUCUCACGAGCCUCCUGUUAAUGAACGACCCAGUGUGCCUGAUCGCCCGCAACCCCUUUAUGUGCCCCCGAGCAAGCGUCGGCUGCUUGUGGAACCACUGCCAGCACUGCCAUGGCAGGAUGAGGCAGUCCGCACGUUUCCCUUCACUGCGACGUGCGUACUACUGGCGUUGCUACGGGGCAACCACAGAUACUGGACCCGCAUCGGCGACGUCCAGUUCCAGCCGCUGUCAACGGUAUUCCGGGGCGACUGCAAAGAGUAUGGUCUCAUCGUGCUAGAUAUCUCUGAUCUAAAUAGCGGUGUUAAGUAUGGCAUUGCGGCGUUUAGCAUGCGCUACAUGGCCCAGCUUUCGUGGCACAGCGACACGGGGGGCUGGGAUCCUGUCGAAGACCCUCCACCAGCCCAGGAGCCGGAUGUGGUCCUGGACCUUCCGCGGCCUCGAGAGCUGCUAUCGAUUGUUCAGUGGAUAGGGGAGUAUUACCACUGGUCGGAUCUGAAGUCGCUACACAUUGUUGAACAACUGGAGUUGAGGCCGCUGGCGGAUGCGACCUCCUUGGAUUAUAUCUGGCCAUCAGAGUUAGUCCCGCCAGAGGUGGUUCCUCCUGGUCCGUCUCUUUCUAAACGAGUUCUCUCGAGCAUCCGGAACUACAUUCGACCUCCUAAGUCUACCAUCAGACCGCCAGACUAUAUGGUCGGCUACACUAUAACCGACGACCGGCCGCCUGAUACAAAAGAGGCGUCAACACCAUCCUCCAGCAGGACCACAUUGACUGAGCCACCACCACCAGUCCCAGCAGACAUCGACCGUGCGAUUGACGAUCUGCUCGAUCUCACCCAGGAACCCACCCCCGGACCCCUCCAGAAGAGAGAAAAGCCUGUGGUCAACAUUCAACUCAUUUCUCAGUUCCGUUGGAGACUGCAGCAGAGACUUGAAGAGGAACCCUAUAGGCUUGGUCCCUUUAUGUUCUCCAGCCAGGUCCUGCGUGUUGCAUAUGCGGCGUGUCAGCACCUUAACUGGGUGGUAUUUAACCUAUCACCUCAUAUCAUUACCACCGCUAUAAGAUCAGAUGAGUUUCAGGCUGCGUCUGCACUGAGUAUCUGUGUUGACCAGCCCCGAUUCGUAGAGUCGGGCCUCGGUGAUCUUGCAGCAGCCCUGGCGCAGUUGACAUCCCUUAAACAAGUCUGCCUUGUACAUCGGCCGGACCAUAUAAGCGACGAUAUAUCAGCUCGUUUCCACUCACAUAUACUAAAACAAUGGGAGAGUGACUCCAACCACACCAUGAAGUCGAAACCUAUCUAUUCCACCUCCGCCUUCCUAACUGGUUUACACAGUCGCGAAUAUCUUCCUUCGUCCCCGACGAUUAGUUCCAGUCACACCUCCUCCACUCCGACGGUCUUUCCUACGAUACACCUCUUCAUGUUUGACAGCACGAACGGUUCUAGCACUGGAUAUACGAGCUACUACUGUAUGGAAAAUACAAUGUUAACCGCGGGGGACUUCGCCAUCCGAUUCCUCGGAUACCUCCGAGCCCUGGGCCCAGAAAUGCAACCUGACAAGGCGAUCUUACGAUUCGCCUAUAACUGGGGGCUGUGGUUGUUCCCUCCCAUCCGUGACGGGAGCCCCCACAGGCCACCCCGGUCCAUUAAAACGUCAUCAUCAACGGCAGAUGAAUUGGGCGUACGUCCCAUUCCCCUGGGCUUCUUCGACCCCGAGCCGGAUCUCAACAGCCCCUCCAGUGUCCGGUUGGGAGAGGUUCCACGCGGGGGUUGGGUGGUUCUUGUAGAUCGACGAGAUCCUAAAAGUGAAUGGGGCGAGGACAAGCCCUUCCUACAAUACUCUUUCGUGCGCAUUCAUAGCGCUCCCGUCGAGAUGGCACCCGAGGAAGGGGAACAGCAACCCCAUCAACAACAGCAAAACCAACAAAAAGAAGAAGAACCCCUAAACUCCCUUCAAGUAGUUGGCGGGCUGACCGACUUCCUACGGAUCACCGUGCCAGACACGGACAUAUCCACAUGGGAGACACGGCUGGUGGUGGUCGAGAGCGAUGUAUCUACCGCUUCAUUCGAGACAACUCCGUCCAGCGUGUCAUCAUCGACUCACGCGUCUGUGAAUACGUGGGUCCGACGGCUCUUAGAACGGAGCCAACAGGGGGAGGAAACGGACGAGCACGACGAGGUUGUGGAGCAACAGCGGCUAGAGCAGGAGCUCUUGGAGGCACAAAUCGGGGUGGAAGAGGUCGAGACGGAAGAACCCUGCAGCAAGGUCCGCGUUAUGGCGGAGAGCUUGGCCCUUACUUUACUCGGCCGGUUACGGUGA